AUGGAUUCCCUCUCCGGCCGCGUCGGCGGCAGCGAACGACUCCUACCAGUUAUCCCAGUAGAUGAGCUCUCUGGCCGCAGCGCCGCUUCGCCUCUUCCGCUUCCGCAUGACGACCUCCUCCUGGAGAUCCUCCUGCACCUACCGCCCGAGCCGAUCUACCUCCUCCGCGCCUCCCUCGUCUCCAAGCACUGGCUCCGCCUCAUCCACGACGCCCGUUUCCUCCGCCGCUUCCGCGCGUUCCACGGGACGCCUCCUGUGCUCGACUUCCUCAACAACCAGCCCGAGGCUCCACUCUUCGUCCCCACCUCCGCCGCCUUCGCUGCCCCCUCCUCCACAACGUCCCACGACUCCUGGUGGGCCUUAGACUGCCGCCACGGCCGCGCCCUCCUGCAAAGCAGGAACUCCGGGAAUCCCCUGGUCUGGGACCUCAUGUCCGGCGAGAACCGCUGCUUGCCGCGGCCGCCGCCGGCGCUCGAUGACUACGAUCUCGGAUACGGCUUCAACGCCGCGGUUCUCCGCGCGGACGGCGAAGAGGACCGCGUCCACUGCCGCUCCUGCCCGUUCCUCGUGGCCAUGGCGUUCACCAAUCGCGAUGAUGCUGGCCUGAUCUCCGCCUGCGUCUACUCGUUCGACACCGGCGUCUGGGGCGACGUCAUCUCCGUCGCAACGGAAGAAGACAUAGAGAUGCACCCGACGGCUCUGGUCGGAGACACGCUCUACUGGCUGAUGUCCGCCGGUUGCAUCCUUGCACUUGAUCUAGACAAGCAUAGCUUGCAAACAACCGAGGUGCCAAACGAUAUGUUUUGCUACUAUAAAGGCACAAUUGUGCUCAUGCCGGCAGAGGGUGGAGGCCUUGGCUUUGCAACAGUUGAAGAUUUCAAUCUUCUUUUGUUCUCAAGGGUGUCUACCAUUGACGGCACGCUAGUCUAG